AUGUCGACGUGUGCGCCGCUGCAGGCGCUGCUAGACGCCGGAUCCACGGCGGAUGCGCACCUUGCUGCCGAGAAACUAGCCGAGUAUGUAAAUGAACACGGAUUGCGCAUUACCGCGUCCGACCGCAUCGUCGACACGCUUCUCGAGCGCCUUCGCUCGAAGAAGUCCGCAGAGGACCGCGAGCGUGCUGCGAUCGGUCUCGGCGCGCUUGCCACCAAGGUCGGCGGCAAGAACGCGCCUACGCCGCUGGGUGCCGAGCCGUGGCUGGGCGCGGCGCUGGCGCCGCUCCUUGAGAACUACGCGGAGAAGAACGAGGCCGCGAAGAAGGCCGCCGAGGCGGCCGUCACCGCGCUCACCGCGCUGUACCCGCCCGAGGCGAUUGCCGAGCUGCUCGACAUCCUGUACCAGGUCAUUGGCUCGAGCGCCGUCAAGUGGCAGGCCAAGGUCGGUGCACUCAAGGUCAUGUCGCGCCUCGCCGACCGCGCUUUCGAGCAGGUCGGCGACGAGCUCGCGCACAUGACGCCGGUGCUCACCACGGCCAUGCACGAGACCAAGUCGGAGGUGUCGAAGCAAGCAGUCAAGACCGCCACCAAGGUGUGCGGUGUGAUUGACAACAACGACAUCCGCCCUUUUAUCCCGGACCUGGUCGGCUGUAUGGCCCGCCCGGACUCGGUGCCGGACUGCGUCAAGAAGCUCUCCUCGAUCACGUUUGUGGCCGAGGUGACCGGCCCCGCGCUCGCUGUGAUGGUGCCGCUGCUUGGCCGUGCGCUGAACGAGCGUAGCCAGACCGUGCAGCGCUCGGCGGUGAUUAUCGUCGACAACCUCUGCAAGCUCGUGCGCGACCCUCAAACCGCGGCGACCUUCCUUCCGGAGCUCUACCCCGCUGUGGAGCGUAUCGAGAAGGGCGCGUCGUUCCCCGAGGUGCGUGAGCACGCCAAGAGCGCUGCCGACACGCUGCGUGGCGCUUUCGAGACGGCCGAGGCCAAGAAGCAGGACGUCGAUCCGGUGCAGGCCCAGAAGCGCGCGCGCCACGCCGCGCUCCAGAACCUCGCCAAGAGUGUGCAGCCGCACAUGCCUGAAGGCAUUGUCGCAAUGGACGACAUCUGGUCGCUCGUCGGCCUCGAGUACGUCGCGCGCCUGAUUGUGCGCCUCGCCGACAAGCGUGUCGUGCAGGCCGAGGCGUGGAACGACGUGUACGUUUUGCCCUACCUGCGCCGCAUUGCCGCCAACGCCGACGGUGCGCAGGCGGCGACGGACGCGGUGCGUGACGAGUACGUGCGUCUCGACACGGAGCGCUUUGGCCAGCCGGAGGACGACGAGACGGACAUUGAGGGCGAGUGCCUCUGCAAGACGGUCUUUUCGCUUGCGUACGGUGGCCUGCUGCUGCUCAACCACACGACGCUGCGUCUGCACCGUGGCCACCGCUACGGUAUUGUCGCCGCGAACGGUUCGGGCAAGUCGACGCUGCUCAAGGCGAUGCGCGACGGCAAGGUCGAGGGCUACCCCCCGCCCGAGCAGGUGCGCACGAUCAUGGUCGAGCACUCGCUCCAAGGCGAGGACGGCUCGAAGCCGAUUCUCGACUUUGUCGCCGGUGACAAGUCGCUUGCGCACAAGACGCGCGAGCAGGUGGCCGAGGCGCUCUUCUCCGUCGGCUUUGACGAGGAGCGCCAGAGCAACCCUGUGGGCUCGCUCUCGGGUGGCUGGAAGAUGAAGCUCGAGCUUGCGCGUGCGAUGCUGAUCGGCGCCGACAUUCUGCUGCUCGACGAGCCGACGAACCACUUGGACGUGCAGUCGAUCGCGUGGCUCGAAAACUACCUCGUGAGCAACAAGGACAUUACCGUGCUCACCGUGUCGCACGACUCCUCGUUCCUCGACAAUAUCUGCACGGACAUUAUCCACUACGAGCACAAGAAGCUCAAGUACUACCGCGGCAACCUGUCCGACUUUGUGAGCAAGCGCCCCGAGGCGAAGAGCUACUACUCGCUUGCCGCAACCUCGGUCAAGUUCUCCUUCCCCCCGCCCGGCUCGCUGAUGGGUGUGCGCUCCAACACGCGUACGAUCCUCAAGGCGUCGCACUGUACGGUGCAGUACCCCGGCAUGUCGCGCCCGUCGCUCACGGACGCCUCCGUCUCGAUCUCGCUCUCGAGCCGUGUCGGUGUCAUUGGCCCGAACGGUGCGGGUAAGAGUACGCUGAUCAAGGUGCUCACCGGUGAGAUUGUCCCCCAGGAGGGCAAGGUGGAAAAGCACCCCAACCUGCGUGUGGCGCUCAUGGCGCAGCACGCCUUCCACCAUCUCGAGCAGCACCUGGAAAAGACCGCGUGCCAGUACAUCACCUGGCGCUACCAGGACGGCCACGACCGUGAGAUCACGGAGAAGGCCACGCGCAAGCUCAGCGAAGAGGAGGCGGCGCAGAUGGAGGUGCCGAUCGUCUCGACCACCGGUGAGAAGCGCAAGGUGGAGUUCAUCGUCGGCCGCAGCAAGCUCAAGAAGAGCUUCCAGUACGAAAUCAAGUGGGUCGGCAUGAGCCACAAGUUCAACACGUGGAUUCCCCGCGAACGCCUGCUCCAGCUCGGCUUCGAGAAGCUCGUGCAGAAGUUUGACGACUUUGACUCGUCGCGCGAGGGUGCAGGCAGCCGCGACCUGAGCCAAAAGGCCAUCCGCAAGGAGCUCGAGGCAGUGGGCCUCAACGGUGAGAUCGCCGAGAACAACGCUAUGGGCGGCUACUCGGGCGGCCAAAAGGUCAAGGUCGUGCUCGCGGCCGCGCUGUGGAACAACCCCCAGGUGCUCGUGCUCGACGAGCCGACCAACUAUCUCGACCGCGAGGCGCUCGGCGGUCUCGCCGUCGCCAUCCGCGAGUGGGGCGGCGCUGUGGUGAUCAUCUCGCACAACAACGAGUUCAUCUCGGCGCUCUGCCCCGAGCUCUGGCACGUGGAUGCGGGCCGCAUCGUGUCCAAGACCAAGACGGACGUCGCUGCCGACAACUUUGCGGACGACAGCGCGGCGCCCAGCGCGGCGGCUACGCCGGGCACCGCGACGCCCACCACCGGCACCGCGACCCCGGCCGUGACCGCACCGACGAGCGCGGCCAACAGCGGUGCAAACACGCCGGCGCACAACUCGGACGACGAGGACAUGUCCAAGCUCAAGGCAAAGAAGGGCAAGAAGAAGCUCACGCGCAACGAGAAGAAGGCCCAGGAAGAACGCCGCCGCCUCCGCCUCAACAACUGGCUCCAGUACGGCGGCGAGCGCGAGCCGGACACGGACGACGAGUAG